AUGGAUCUUGGUCAGCUCGAUACCUACGCGCGGGGAUACAAGCCCGCUUACUCCAAUAGCUCCUCCAACUCCAUGGACUGGCAGCCAACUCAAAGCAAUGUUUCUCACAUGAGCUCAGACGUAUCCCCACGAUUCUCAACCUGGCUACCAGGCACCAUGGUCAAGCUGCCCCUUGAACUAGUAUUAAACAUCCUCGACGAAGUACUAAUUGGUCAAAGCAACCGACUAUCCCACGCAAGCUUACAUGGCCUGCUCAGUCUCCGCGCAGCAAGCAAGCAUACCAAAGCAAUGGUUGACUCAUAUAUGAAAAGAGAUGUUGUAUUGACUUAUCUUCGACGGCAACUCUUUGAUCAGAACGAUCCUAGCUGUGUCAAGUGGUAUCAAUCUCGCGCAGAUGCCUCUCGGGAACUAUGGCCAAGUAGAAAUUUCCUGGACAAUAACCCCCCCAAUGAGCUUCCAGGAUGCGACGUCAUCACUGAUACAAUUGUCGACGACUGCCCCGAAUGCUUCGAUACUCUUUGUACUAGUAGAAGCACUCCCGGUCUCAUCUCAAUACACGAAGGAUACAACGAAAACGGACGGAAUUUCAUCGGCAUCGCCCUUCAAUCCGGUUCCUAUAGGAUGCUCCAACGGUUCUUCCUCUCAGCUUGCAGCCCAUGCGCGUUAGAUUCACUCUCUUCCACACUAUUGUCAUCAAAUAACUGCCUAGAACCAUCACCUUCUAUCCUCGGCAUGCUUGCAUACCAGCAGGACCCGGUAUUCACUGAGCAAGUCCUCGAUUUAGUGGGCCCCGCCAUUCUUCAAACUUGUAGGCCUAAUGCGCUAUCAUACACCUUCGGAACUAGGGAAAAAAACAUGCUUUGCAAGUAUAUCACAGCUCGCACGGGGGAGUGGCUAACACAUUUGGGUGUCAAGCUCUGGGAGCGCACACUAUACAGCAGUGACUCUUUCAGCCAUUCAGCGAGCGCUUGGCACUCUGCUGUGCACAAUGGACCUGAAUUUAUGGAAUUCUUGGAUAAAUAUAGCCCCACACGCCCCAUGUUCACUCGUACUCUUCGAGGUUCGCUGCCGAUUGAUCAUGCCGUUUGGGCUAACAAAUUGGAUUCCUUUAGGUGGCUUUUUGCUAAGAUGCAAUUGCUGGACAUCCGAUCCUACCAGACUGCGAUUGAUAGAUUAUUCCAGGUUGUUGCAAAUCAUACAUCGCCUGAAAGUGAAGUCAUGCUCGAGGAGAUUUUCCUUGGGCCCGGGUCUGAGAGGGAUCAUUUCUACGUGGCUUCGCUGAUUUUCAAGAAUGUUGCUCUUGGGUUGCAAGAGGUGGUAUUGAAUCAGGCUGUUCGUUCGGAUAUGGAUCAGAAAGACUUGGACCUUUUCAGAGGCGAACAUGAGCAGAGAGCUAUUCGGAAAUGUCUCGCAGUAUCUAGGGCAUACUUUAAGACCGACCUUCCGAUGAAGAUACUUACCGCAGCACAGGCCAAUGCACAACACUUUGAUGCGGUUCGGAUGGCGAAACAAUGGGGGUUUGAGUAUCUGGAGAGCACUCUUUACUCAUAUCAUGGGUUUUGA